AAGCGCCUCGAUUUCUUCCGUACGGCUCUUUCACGCCCACCCUCCCCUCACGGCUUUUCCCUCCCCUCACGGCUUUUCCCUCCCCUCACGGCUUUUCCCUCCCCUCACGGCUUUUCCCUCCCCUCACGGCUUUUCCCUCCCCUCACGGCUCUUCCCUCCCCUCACGGCUUUUGCCUCCCCUCACAGCUUUUCCCUACCCUCACGGCUUUUCCCUCCCCUCACGGCUUUUCCCUCCCCUCACGGCUUUUCCCUCCCCUCACGGCUUUUCCCUCCCCUCACGGCUUUCCCCUCCCCUCACGGCUUUCCCCUCCCCUCACGGCUUUCCCCUCCCCUCACGGCUUUUCCCUCCCCUCACGCCUUUUCCCUCCCCUCACGGCUUUCCCCUCCCCUCACGGCUUUCCCCUCCCCUCACGGCUUUCCCCUCCCCUCACGGCUUUUCCCUCCCCUCACGGCUUUCCCCUCCCCUCACGGCUUUCCCCUCCCCUCACGGCUUUCCCCUCCCCUCACGGCUUUUCCCUCCCCUCACGGCUUUCCCCUCCCCUCACGGCUUUCCCCUCCCCUCACGGCUUUCCCCUCCCCUCACGGCUUUCCCCUCCCCUCACGGCUUUUCCCUCCCCUCACGGCUUCUCCCUCCACAACCUCUACUGUCAUGCAGCAUCCCUUAG